AGAGAAGGUAGUAGUCUACACAUAUUUUCUAUCAUCUUUUGGUACUAUUCCUCUGCUAUUUAUCUGGUUCCAUUUAUGCAUAUUCUCGGUUUGUUCUUUGAGAAGGAUGUAACCGAUUUCUAAGCAUUUGGAUGCAUCUUAUGGAUUCCAUUUCUGAGGUGUUAGACUUUGGGCUAGGAUUGGGCCGCCCAUGAGGGCAAGGCCCAGCCCAACCCAUAGGUAGUUUUGUGCACACAGUUGUCUAGGAGACAACUGCACAAAACCAACAUCAGUUACCAAAGGUAGCUGAUGUCUUCAUGUUAUAAAAGAGAGAAACAAGAACUCUCUGAAUGAUGUGAAAUUUUUUUUGGUACUUCCUUCUUGCAAAGAAAAUAUUUUGGGUUCGGUACUGUGGGUAUUAUGUACUUGUUCUUGUAACAAUUACAACCAGAAGCAUUGUUGCUGUAAGACAUUCCGAUCAGGACAAUUGUGGCUACAAAAGAACAAAUUAUUCUAUUAUUGGCUUAUAAAAAGGAUCCUCAUCAUACUAUUGCCCAGCAUAUUGAUUAUAUGUACUAUUGGAUGUACAAUUUAUGGCAUCAGAAUGUUCAUGAGUUCUUCAUUGAGCAACAAAUGGAAAUUGUGCUUGAUGCUCUACCGGAUGAUUGGGAUUCAGUCUGUCGUGCUUUGAAGCAAAGGAUUAGCACUUUAGACUUUAAUUCUCUCGUUGAGAGCAUUCUGCUAGAGAGGGAAAGUCAAUUGAGGGCUAAGGGCAUACGUCGGACAGGACGAAGCGCUAGGUACUUGGAACCUGCAGCUCGAUUCAUUCCGUGGUAUGAGGAGUUUGAGCUUGGUGGACCUAGUGAUGAGGAUGUUGACAACAUUAGUGAUGAUCCUGAUUAUGUACCUGGCAUGUGAUUCAUGUCGCGUCUUAUUUUUCCAUGUAAAUAUUACUAGGAUUUUGUUUACGAUGUACAUAUUGGACAUUUGUUAUAUAAGGCAUAUUAUUUAUGAAUUUUUUUUAUUACAUCUAAUU